AUGGUGCAUCUUGCUCCUGUCUCCGCGUCCAUCGCCGCGGAGGAAACGGCGGCACUCUACAUUGAUACAGUCUUUCGUCACCAUGGUAUACCGACUACGAUUGUGUCAGACCAAGACAUCCGCCUUUCGAUGGUUGAACAGAGCGGGUUCAUCGUGUGCUGGAGAGGUUUGCGCAGUUACGCUACACCUUACACGACAUGGAGCGCAUUUCUCCCCAUGACCGAGCUCGCUCCCAACAAUGCUGUCCACGCUUCGACUGAUUUAACAUCCUUCUACGUGAAGAGCGCACGUCAUCCACUCAACUAG